CAGUAUCUCAAGUGGCCGAAGUAGCCUGCCAUAGUUUCCAGCGCGGCACAAUAUCUAACCAAGCUUAAUAACCGGUCGCGCGUGCUUGAUAAAUGUAAAAGCAAACUCGCACUUACCAUUUGUAUAAAUCAUACGGUUAUAGCAGUGAGAGCCUUGCCACUCGGCGAAAGACAGAAAUGCCACUGAUACUCCAGCUGUUCGUGGCGUCAGCGCUGCCCGUCGUAAAAAUUCUGCUGAUAUGCGGCGUCGGAGCUUUCUGCGCACGACGGGGCCUGCUGACUCCAGAGGGGAGGCGCGUGCUCGGCGCGCUCUCAUUCCUGGUGUUCAACCCCUCCCUCAUCUUCGUGAAGCUGGCCAGCACGUUGACGCCUGCGCGCUUGCUGCACUGGUGGCCGCUCGUGAUUAAUACGGGAAUCAGCACGGCCGUGGGGCUGGGCCUCGGCUUCCUGGGCGUGAAGCUGAUACGGCCGGUGCACCACCUGCGGCCCCACACCGUCGUGGCUAUUGCUCUGGGCAACCUGGGCAACCUGCCGCUGGUGAUUGUGGCCACCCUGGCCACCUCCUCGGCGGCGGUGCUGCACGGCAUUCCGGCGGACCGGGCAGAGGACCUGGCGGUCAGCUAUGUGGUGGUGGGGCUGCUUAUACCCUGCAUCGUCCACGCCACGAUAGGCUUCAGCAUGCUGCGGAAGCACCACGAGGCAGAGCUGCCGAUGCCGGCACCCGACGGCGAUGACCCACAGCAAUCCCUCGACAAACCUGGAGCCGGCGACGAAAGCGGAAGCCACACGCCGCCGCCGGUAACACCACGGAGUUUCCGGGCUGCGGUCGCGGCAGCGACGGGUGCCGGCUCGGCCCUGCUGCGUGGUCAGGGGGACGCGGAAGACAAGCAGGCGCUCCUGGGGCCCCGCGGCGAGCCGCCGGCAUCGGCGGAGUCGCUGGGCGUCAACGGGGAGCGGGCGGCGGAAGAGCGGGUGGCGCUGCUGUCAGCGGCUGCAGGCGGCGGUAGCAGCGGCGCAAGGGCGGGCGGCUGGGGCGGGGGCCUGUCGCGGGAGGACGCGACGGCUGCAGCCUCGCCGUCUGGCGCGGGUGCGGCGCGACAGCAUCACUAUGAUGGCCACGUGGCGCGCGGCGCGAGCGACGUGGGUGCCGGGCGUGGCGGCUGCGGGGGCCUCGGAGGCGGCGGAGAUGAUGGCGGCGGGGGCCACCCGCCGCCGCGGGUGCGGUCAGUGCGGUGGGAGGAUGAACAGCAGCUGUCACAGCAGCGGGCGCAGGGCCUUGCAUGGGACUCUGACGACACGCGAAUGGGGCUCCAGCUCAGUCGCCGCCCGGGCGGCAGUGGUGGUGGGCCGCCGUCUCCCGCGGUGGGCUCCUCGUCAAUUGCCCUGGCCAGCACUUCUAGCUGUCAAGCCCUGGACACAGCUGCCAAGGGCCUGACGGGCGGCACAGGAGGCGUGGACGAGAGGGUUAGGGCAUGUGAGUUGGGGGACGUCCCUACCGGCUGCAGCACGCCUGCGCGUGUCAGCUAUGGCGGGCACGGCGCGAGCGGCACCGAGAACGGGAUCUUCGGUCGCGGCAGCUGGGAGGAGCAUGCAGCUUCUGCCAGCGGCGAAGGCGGCCAGCGCUGCAGCAGUAGCAGUGGGCUGCUCACCACUGACCCGCCCACCGCAAGCAGCACCGGCACGGCGCACGCGGGCGGCAGCAGCAGCAACCCGGCGGCGCCGCCGCUGGGCAAGCUGAUACUGCAGCCACGGCUGCUACAGCCUGGCCUGCCGCGCGCCAGUGUGGACGGGCGCCGCUCGUACGGCUGUGCCCUGGACUGCCUGGGGCAGGACCACGUGGAUCCACUGGCACGGCGGGGGGACCGGAACACCACCGCCACCAGCAGCAGCAGCAGCAGCAGCAAUGCCGCCGGCAGUGGCGGCGCAGCGAGGAGCAGCAGGGGCAACGGCGGCGGCAAUGGCGCCAACGGCUGGGCUGCAGUUGAGCAGGGGCGCGGCGACGGCGGGACGAGUGGUGGCGGGGAAGCGGCGGAUGGGCACACGGCUGUUGAGCUGCCGCCGCUGGAGGGCGCACGGCUGGCUUCCUCUCGGUCCCGCGGCGGCGUCCAACUGCUCACGUCGGCCUCAGGGCGGCGCACGCUGGCACGGCUGGCGCACUCGGGGUCGGGGCGGCUGCUGCUGCAGUGGCACUCCAAGCUUGACUACAAGGCUCUAGCCAAGCAGGUGUUGCGCGAGGCCACCUCUCCGCCGUUGCUGGCCAUCCUGCUGUCCGUGCCUGUGGGCUGCAUCCGGCCGCUGCAGGCCGUGUUCUUCGGCGGGCCCGGCGCGCCGCUAGCCCUGGUCACCGACUGCCUGGCCAUGCUGGGUGACUGCACCAUCCCCGCCAUCCUGCUCAUCCUCGGCGCCACCCUAGCGAACGGCCCCGGCGCUGCGCGUGUGCCGCUGCGCGUGACGACGCUGGUGACGGUCACUCGGUUGGCGGUGCUGCCGCUGCUGGGCAUGGGGCUGGUGAUGGGCGCGUACGCGGCGCGGAUGUACGAGGCACCAGAUCCCAUCUAUCUCCUGGUGCUGCUGAUUCAGAACUGCGCGCCGACAGCCAUCAUGGUCCACACCAUGGCCUCGGUGCACGGCAACUGCGCGGAGGAGAUGUCCACCAUCCUGUUCUACGGCUACAUGGUCGGCAUUGUGGCAAUACCCUUCUGGCUGACGCUGUUCCUGUUCACUGUGAAGCAGACGUUCCGAGAGGAAAACGCCGUCGAGUAUUGAGUGGCCAGGCCAGAUUCUGGGGAUUUUCCUGGGUGGCUUCGAACCCCCCCCCCUACGCCUGCUGUCUACUUCUCUACACUUCUCUGCACCAUCUAUGCAACCCCCCUGAAUCGCUGCCCUCUCGGCGAUGGAUCGAGAGAUGAAGUGGUUGCUUUGUACGGUACCGAGGACGUCCAGGAAGGAGGGCGCGGACGCUGGUCUCGCAGAAUGCAGUGCUGUUGCCACGAGCCCACACGACAAGAGCCAAGGGAGUGAACGUCGUGCCACUGUGUACGAUACAUACGGUAGCGUUUCAGAUGCAUUGCGAUAGAAUAUAUUAAAGUUUGGCUGCUAGGUUUGCCACUGCCCGGUGCGCCCCGAACUGUGUACGAUGUGCGUGUGUGAGGGUCGACCUACAAACCCCGUGCCGUGCCUGUGCUUAAACCACUGUGGGGUUACCGGUACUUUGUUUGUGGCUCGGAACCCAAGGGAAGGCCCGCGGGCGCAAUGACCCAUCUGGCGUGCUAUGCCGGGACGUGUGCUGGUGUGGGGGGCAUGGCAUGGUCUUUGAUGCAAUGGCGUACGCGACGAGGGCAUGUUAUGGUAUUGAUGUUUCUUUUGGUAAGGAGCAUGCGGGGCCAGGAGUCAGUCGAGCGCGCUUCAAGGCUUCCAUAAUGCUGAGGAAUGCCAGCGUGGGCUGAGUGAAUGCAUGGUUGCUAUGAAGGCAUAACCUUGGGCAUAACCCGCGGGAGUCCGCGAAGGCCUUGGUAUCAGUGUGAGGAUGUGUGGUUGUAAACAAAUGUGGUUGGUUAAUGUCCCUUCGCACAAGACAGAGGAUGUUCAGAGUUGCAUACCGUUGACGUAAAGUGCUGCACCUGCAUAUACAUAAUCACUGCUGAAGAGUCAGGCGUGGGGCAAUGUGGGAGUGUGUGCUUGCCGGUAGAGACAGGGCUGAGUGCUGCCCCCCUUCAGGACAUGCGGUACGUUAUUCCAGGGAGAUGCAUGAGCGACUGCAGUCUUGGCUGCGCUGCUGCAUACCGGCACUACGUAUUGGGGGUCACUGUACGGUAAGGCCCAUGCGCAAUUGACACAUCACGGUACGGCGGUGCUGGAGUGUAUGGCGCGCAUUGGCGAAGCCAGUUGAGCAACAUGGAAGGUGGGCCUGACGCGACAGGCUGGGUGGCAGGCUGGGUGACACUCAACUACGCUGUAUGCAAUGGAGCCGGCGGGUAGGCUCAGCCCUGAGGGAGGUGGCGGGAAGGCCCCGGCAAGGGGCAUCCGACAAGGCCAGAGGC